AUGAUUGAUUUCUUGAAACAAAGUUAUCAAGAAGAAGAAGAAUUACCAAGCAAGGCACAUGAAUUUGUGUCUAUUGCUAUGAAUGAAGAUUUAGAAAGUGCAACAAAUACCGCCGAAACAAUAACUGAUUUACAGACACCUACCACUACCGCUACUACUGUUCCUACCAACACUGAUACUACUUCUGCUGCUGAUGCUAGUACUUCUACCGCUGCUGGUUCUACUGCUGCUGCAGCUACUACUACCGCUGCUACUUCUAAUAACAAUAUCAUGUUUUACAGGGAUGAUGAGGAUGAUGAGGAUGAUGAGGAUGAUGAAGAAGACCUAGAAGAAAUUGACUUUCAUAGUAUACAAACCAUCGAAACAUCAUUCCGAACUAAAAUUCAUAUUAACUGGUACAAUACUAAAAUGAAUUGCACAAGGAUGAAAAUCAACUUUGCUAAAAAAAUCAUGAAAUUUGGGAAGUCCAUUGCAAGAAAAAAAGUGCUAGGUUGUGUGGUGGAGACUGUUGAAUUGUCCAGUCAAGAAGAAAGUUGUGGGGAUAUAUUGGGGGUUGAAGUUGGGCUUGAUGAUAUAACUAGUGGACCUACCGAUUCUCUCCAACAUGCUAUUAAGGAUGAGCAAAGAUUAUAUGGAAAUGACAUUGGAAUUGAUCCAAUUAGUGUAUUCCCUUCUAGCUAUCCACAUAUUUACACUAAAAAUUCCCAAAGUAAACCCGCUACAAGUCCAGUUCCAUAUACAUCCCAUCACUCCAUCACUACCAAUACUUUGAAGGCAGACGAAAUUUGUGACGACUUAGAAUCCCUCAAUCUUUGGGAAAAGUUCGAAAGGGCCUGGGAUUUAUAUUUUGCAGAUUUAGAGGAUAUGGAAGUUGAUUAUGGUUCUUCAUCAUUGUCUGCUUAUCCAAGUCCUGAGGCUUAUCGAUCUUCAUAG